AUGGAGCUCCAGCGAGUGAUUGAGGCAUAUCGCGCGAUGGAGCCUGUGCGAGAUGUAAUUGCACUGAUCAAGACAAAAUUUGCAGUAAAUAAACGCUGGGCAUCAUUAGAUUUCCAAGCUCAGAUAGUCGAAUUGGUCAUUAAAGACGCUGUAUGCGAGGACUUUUCACCACUUCGAAGAUAUACAUACUCCUUUUUAAAGAAAUUUGUUGAUGAAAUUGAAUCUGUGAACGGAAGUUUAGACGAUGAACUUGUUGAGACACUGAUGAAUUAUGUACUGAGUGUUAAAGUGAGUGAGGAUACACUGAAUGCUGAAGCCAUGCACUACGUUUCAUACACAAUACCAAAGACUGAAGCGUCUAUUAUCGUGACAUGUCGAGUGGCUUCAGUAAUGAAUGACGUGGGACUUAAGAUUUGGGAAGCUGGAUGGCUACUCGCUGAGUAUAUUAUUGCUCAUAAAAGCGAGUUUAAAGAUCGUAAGGUACUCGAAUUAGGAUCUGGAGUAGGAUUUACGGGAAUGGUGCUAGCAUGCGUCUGCCAUGCUCGUCAUAUCGUACUCACAGAUUAUGCGCCCAGUGUAAUGCAAAAUCUGCGUUACAAUGUCGAAUUAAACAUGAGCAAAUUCAUUUGUCCAAUUCAAGUGCAGAUGUUAGAAUGGGAAUCGUGGCACCCUCAAGAGGCUGAUGAUGAAAAGCCUGAUAUUCUAUUGGCAGGAGACUGUGUCUAUGAUAUCGCCGCUUUUCCACAUUUAAUGCGUGUCCUCCAACUUUUUUUUGGCAAUGAUGAAGGAGUUCAAACGAGUAAUACGCAGCGUAUGGCCAUCUUUGCUGCCACUAUUCGAAACCAGAAAACAUUUCAAGAGUUUCUAAACCAACUCGCAGCUCAUUAUAUUGAAUAUGUCGAUAUUACAGCGUCAUCACUGGUAAAAAUGGGAACACCAUUGUUUCCGUAUCCCAUUCGGGACCAGAUUCGUCUUUGCCGCCUUUCAAGGGCUUCUGUAAGGAAUUGA